AUGGCGGAUCGUCAAAACCCGGAACAGGGAUUUCGCCCAAACGAUACCUUCCCAGUCUCACAACGUACUCCUCAUUCUACUCUUGGUUUACAUGCAAACCGUCCUGCUACUGGACUACUAGCUAGUCGUCGCGGGCCUUUAGUUUCGCGUCAGGAUCGUAUUAUUCAGUCAACAGACAUUGACGCGUUGUCGUCCAAAUACUCAGCAUUUCUUAAAGGAUACCUCCAAGACCCUUAUCUCGAAGCAAUUGUCAAUGGCCAGAAGCAUCUCAGUAGGCCCCGUGACCAUGUGGCAUCAUCUUUUGUUGCAAAGUUCCCCAUAAUCAACAUUGGAAGCUACAUUCGCAAUUAUGCACUCAACUUGAUUGUUGAUGAUAUGCUGGCUGCGGUUUUGCCUAAAAGUCCCAAAUGCCAAAUAAUUUCACUAGGAGCCGGCUCCGAUACCCGCGCCUUUAAUCUGUUUGCCCAGCACGGUACUGACGAUAUCAUUUACCACGAAAUCGACUUUUCUAUUACCACAGCAAAAAAAGUUGCCACUGUGAUGAUCACCCCAAAUUUACAAAAAAUAAUUUGGCCAUCGCUUGCUCAAAAUGAAAUCCCCACCUUAUCAUCAAGCGGCAUCGAGCCCAACGACGAAAUACAUACCCCCCAUUAUCAUCUUCAUGCAAGAGACUUACGUGACAUUACUUCAUCAAGCGAUUUGCUUCAGGGAAUGGAUCCUACAUUGCCUACUUUAGUUAUUUCGGAAUGCUGUUUGUGUUACCUUCAACCAGAUAAAACUGAUCAUGUUCUCGACUGGCUUUCAUCUCAUUUUACCUCCGGCCUUGGCAUCGCAGUCUACGAGCCAAUUGGGGGAAAUGAUUCCUUUGGUAAGGUUAUGAUUGAAAACCUUGCUUCUCGCGGAAUUUCCUUGCCCUCUUUGAAAAAAUUCCCCACACUUGAAUCUCAAGUACAAAGGCUAGUUGAUCGCAAGUUUACCCUUAAUGAUGGGCUGGCGGCUGCAAAUGACAUUUGGUCUAUUUACGAGGACUGGAUUCCGGAAACGGAAAAAAUUCGCAUUUCUAAACUUGAAGUUCUCGACGAGCUUGAGGAAUUACGAAUCUUGUUUCAACACUACUGUAUCAGCUGGGCUGUCACUGAUGGAACGAGUGAUUCCGCUUGGGUUAAGGCUUUUUCAAAGUUUUCCUAUAGGGCAAGAAAUUAA